UUCUUUGUCGAGGCUUAUAACGAUCUUAUAGGAUAUAUUAAGGCUAAGAUCCUAUUAAAUAAGUCCUCUAAGUCUGUUAAGUCCUUUAUUUUACAAUAUAUCCUUUUUGUAGUUAUCGACGGAGGCUCUAAGUUCAAAGGCGAAGUUAAAGAGAUCCUUUGUAAGCUAGGUAUUAAGAGAGUUAUUAUCUCGCUAUAUAAUUUCUAUAUAAACAGUGUAAAUGAGGCUAGCUAUAUCCCGAUUACCACCUCGUUUACAAAGAUGACUAAUAGUAUAGGAAAGAGGUAG